CAUCAGCGCCACUGCACCGCUAUUGGUGGAAGUCUGACUUCCAUCCACGGCAAAAAGGAGUACCAGGAGAUCCGAGCGUUGAUCAAGGAUCUGACCAACACGCACAAGAAGACCUGGGUCGGAGGCUACGACGCCGCACAGGACGGUGUGUGGCUGUGGAGCGACAAUACAGUGUUUGACUUCAAAGGCUGGGGCAAUGGAGAGCCCAACGGGGGCGGGAGAGAGCACUGCAUGGAGAUCAACUUCAGAGGUAAAAACCGAUCAGCUGACGACGUGGCGUGACCGCGGGCCGGGCGC